AUGGAUUCAAUUUUAAGAUAUGGGAUCAGAGAUGAAACUCGUCUUAAAAGCCGAGAACUUUUGCUCAAAUCUUUGCUCCCAAAUAACGAAGAACUCAAAGACGACAUCUUUCGAGUCGUGAAACUCGCCGUUGAGAUCGAGAAACAUAUUUUCCAAGAGUUUCAAAAUACGGAUAACAAGUAUAAGACUCGCGUCAGGAGUCGUAUCGCGAAUCUAAGCGAUGAACAAAACGCGAGCUUAAGAUAUCGCGUACUGAAGGGAACCGUAACCGUAAAGGAAAUCGCGACUAUGAGUGCCGAAGAUAUGGCCAGCGAUCGUAUGAAACAAAUGAGACAACAAUUCCACGACGAGGCCAUUGCGGCCAACCUUUUGCCCGAAGUGUUUGGCACGACAUGCGAUCUUCUCAAGUGUCCCAAAUGUAAGAGCAAUACCUGUACUUACAGUCAGGUGCAGAUCGAAAGGGCAGACGAACCCAUGACUACUCUUUGUCUUUGCAUCACUUGUGGCUAUCGCUGGAGAUAUGACUGA